CACGAGAUCCAACGGCCCACACUAUGGGAACAUCAUAGAGCUAAAUUUGUAGUAAUUUAUUUGCAAAUGGACAAUUGAUUCAGCUUCCUUUCUUCCCUAUAUUCCGUUUGACCUUUUCCCCGGAUAACAAUUUUGUAAAAACGUAAAGGAGAAAAGGUCAUAAUAUAUAUGGUUUCUUGAUCCAAAAUUAUUAUCAAAUUGUUGAAUCUUCAGUUCAUAAUUGAAGUUUUAAUUGUGAUGGUGCUAAAAUUUGAUCAUCAGUAGAGCCAGUGGUGUUAAUGAUUUGGUAUAGUUUGGAGGUAGAUUGAUUUGGGGAAUUAGCUGCUAAAUUACUCAGUUUUCAUGAUGAAUCAUCAACGGGUUUUCUUCCUGUUACUCAGAUCAAUUGUAGCUACUUUGGUACUUGCAGAAAGAGUUUAUAGUACAUCUGAAACAUCAAACAGAGUAGUAAAGUAUGUGCUGCAAACAAGACCAGGCAAUAUUGAGGUUAUUCAGCGAGUUAGUUUAAAUCCCUAACGUUGACAUCAUUUUGGUGAAAGGUUAGAAUGGCAUCGUCAGCUGACUCAUGGAUGCGUGAAUUUAAUGAAGCAUCCAAACUUGCGGAUGAAGUCAGUUCUAUGAUUUCUGCGAAGAGCUCUUUGCCCUCUACCGGACCUGAAUCACAGCGCCAUUUAUCUGCAGCUCGGCGAAAGAUCACUAUAUUAAGGACAAGGCUUGAUACUCUCCAGUCCCUUCUGCAAACGCUUCCAAGCAAGCAGCCUUUAUCAAAAAAGGAGAUGAAACGUCGUCAUGACAUGCUUGAUAAUAUGAUUACGAAAGCUAAUCAGAUGGCAUCUACACUCAACAUGAAUAACCUUGCAAAUAGGGAUAGCCUGCUCGGCCCAGAAACUAAGCGACCUGAUGUUAUCAGUAGGGCAACUGGUCUUGACAACCAGGAUCUUGUAGGUUUUCAACGACAAGUUAUAAAAGAGCAGGACGAGGAUCUUGAUAAAUUGGAGGAGACAGUAAUAAGCACAAAACAUGUCGCCUUAGCAAUCAAUGAAGAGCUCAACCUACAUACUGCACUACUGGAUAACUUAGAUUACCAUGUUGAUACAACAAACUCCCGUCUUCAGAGGGUGCAAAGGAAAUUGGCAUUUUUGAAUAAGCGCACCAAAGGUGGCUGUACUUGGUUGUGCCUAUUGAUCAUAUUCAUCGUUAUUCUAGCCGUUGCCAUCUUCCUAUUGGUAAAGUACUUGUGAUGAUCCACAACGUUAAAGUUUCAUCCGAUUCUUCUUAACGUUCAUUGUUGGCUAUACAAGAGAAGCCAAUAUGUUGCAUUCCUCUUGCAACUUCAUCAUUCAGCUUGUUCUCACUAUAGAAGGACUACAGAUUUGUCCUGCAUUCGUUAUGAAAGUAUGUUUUAUGUAUAUCUUGUGUUUUUCGCGUAACGUUAAAGAGCUUUUAAUUUCAGAAGAAAGAAAACUCUGCCAUGGAUACCUGUGGUGAUUUGUAAGAGACAAGUCUUGUGAACACUUCAAGUUUAUAGUGCAAUGCAUUUUCAGGCUUAUUAGCAAUUUUACUACAAAA